AUGGGCCAGGAUUAUUACGCUGUACUCCACAUCACUCACAAUUCAGAGGAUGCCCAGAUCAAGAAGGCGUACCGGAAACUUGCCAUGAAGCACCACCCGCUGAAGUCCGUUGACCCGUCCUCAGCAGAGAUAUUCAGGCAAAUAGCAGAGGCCUACGACGUGCUCAGCGACCCUGUGAAGAGAAGCAUCUAUGACAAGUUUGGAGAAGAGGGUCUGAAGGGCGGGGUCCCUCUGGAGUUUGGGUCCCAGACCCCAUGGACAACUGGUUAUGUCUUCCACGGCAACCCUGAAAAGGUUUUCCAUGAGUUCUUCGGAGGAGACAACCCCUUCGGUGAGUUUUUUGAUGCAGAAGGAAAUGAGGUGGAUUUGAACUUUGGGGGGCUCCGGGGCCGAGGGGUCAGGAAACAGGACCCCCCAAUAGAAAGAGACCUCUACUUAUCCCUUGAGGACUUAUUCUUCGGCUGCACCAAGAAAAUCAAGAUCUCCCGCAGGGUGCUGAACGAGGAUGGGUACUCCUCUACCAUCAAGGACAAGAUCCUCACAAUUGAUGUGAAGCCUGGCUGGAGGCAGGGCACACGGAUCACCUUCGAGAAGGAAGGUGACCAGGGUCCCAACAUCAUCCCAGCUGACAUCAUCUUCAUCGUAAAGGAGAAGCUACACCCUCGCUUCCGCAGGGAGAACGACAACCUUUUUUUUGUGAACUCCGUCCCCCUGGGCAAGGCUCUGACCUGCUGCACCGUGGAGGUGAAGACCCUAGAUGACCGUCUGCUCAACAUCCCCAUCAAUGACAUCAUCCAUCCUAAGUACUUCAAGAAGGUACCAGGUGAGGGGAUGCCAUUGCCUGAGGACCCCACCAAAAAGGGGGACCUCUUCAUCUUCUUCGACAUCCAGUUCCCCACUCGCCUCACACCCCAGAAGAAGCAGAUGCUGCGCCAGGCACUGCUGACGUAA